AUGAUGCGCCAUUUCCGCGUCUCUGCUGCGACGCAGCCGCAGUGCACAGCUCGUACCAAGAUGACGGGUUUCAAUCUCUUCACGCAGAGCAUGCAAAAAGAGAAGAAAGUGCUCAAGGCGAAGUCGCUAAAGGGGGGCUAUGGCAACAUGCGAAUCAUGGCAACGCUGUGGGGGAAGCUGCCGGCUGUUCGGCGUGAAAUGUACAAUUCGCAGGCAUUGCAGCGUGCUGUACUCAUGACUGGAGAUCCAGAAAAAAAGCACAACAAGUUUAACUUGCUUAUGCGACUCUUUGGCAGCAAUAAGGUCCUGCUGAAAGCCGGCGACGAGAGUUUCACCGCGCUCAUGGCAAAGUCGACGAUGCACGCGAUGAGUAACAAGGAUACUAGGCAACUGCAGGAAAAACUGAAGGUGAAGAAGUUCUCUACGAGCACAGAACGGCCACACGUGAACGUGGCAUCCACCUUCAAGCGUUUUGUUAGUCCCAACAUGUUGCUCUUCAACUCAUUCACAGAAAUGCAGCGCUCCGUUACACCAACGCGCAAGAGCGCCUUUACGGCAGUAGCGCAGCUGCGUUCCUUUUCUAACAUCACCAUAUCCGGGGAGAAGCUCGUAAUGCAUCGCUACAGCUCCCUCCCCCCAGAGCUGCGGAACUUGUUCGCCCCCAUCUCGGAUAUUGAGGCGCCCUUCUUUGAAUUGUUCUGCGCCAGCCGGUGCGCCGGCUUCAACCGGAAGCGCUUUGAAAUCAUACGACUGUUUGCGUCGUUUCGCGGUAUCAAGGUCGAUCUCGGCAGCAACGCAGUGCAGGAUCAGCUCUUUCGCUCCCUCGUCAACACGGAUCGCUCACGUGAUGGCAUCUACUUCAGAGUUCACCGCAGUCUCGAGCGACUAGAGAUGCUGCGUAGUUCUGAUUGCGGCUUCUUCAUUGCGAAGCGGUUACUCCAGUCGAUCAAGAUGAACCGCGCAGCGUACAGUCUUGACAGCGGCUUGGACGACGUCAGCGUCGCAACCCUACUUGCGGAGACACGGAGUGGCCAAUCCGUAUACGACGAUGUCCUUACCCGGGCCGCUAUUCUGCGCACAAAUGAAAAAAACAAACAGCUGUCUGUGUACAACGUGGCGCAGAUGAUGCAGACAGAGACGCUAUGCAACAAGCAGACACGCGUGGAGAGGGUGAAGAAGGUCAAGGUCACUCCAGAGCUCAGCCCCUCCAAGCCGGUGCUCAAGUUGAAGGCAGCUCGAGCGCCUUUGAAGAAGAAACUAGCGUCGAAGACGAAGCCUCAACUGGCACAAACGAUGCCGAUCGUCACCAAGGAGGUCGCGACAAAGGCGAAACCGGAGGCUUCUCCUAAGAGAAACGCUGCACCUCCAAUGAAGCGUCAGCUCGUCACCAAGCGAACUGCAAGCGUUUCCCGCGCCAAAACGAAGAGGGUUCCUGCUACACGCCGAGUCCACGUGAAGGUAGGUGCUGCCCGCAAGGCAGUCGCAGCGGCAAGCAAGAAGGCGCUAAAGAAGGUUGCCACCACUCCGCAGGCGACAGCCGCCACAGACGAAGACGACGACCUCUUCGCCGAGGACGUCAUAACGGAGAAUGAAGGGAGCGAUGUCGACCCCGACUUUGUCGACAAGUUCGCUGAUGCCACGGCCGCGCCAGUCACGCAGCCCACGGCGCCAGCAAAGCAGAGACACAAGGAAACCAAGCGUCUUGCAGUGCGCAGUCACCUUCUUGCGCCCGAGUCGAUGCUCCCUGCAGCGGCACGGUCUCAGAAGGUGAUUACAGCGCACACCUCCACGUGUAGAAAAGCACCACGGCCGGUGUCCACCUCCCACUCGUUACCCUUCACUCCUACACGACGCAAGGUAGGUUUCGCCGAUAAUAUCCGUGCUCAGCUGGCCAGUUUUUUGUAG